AUCGUCUAACUCUAUGCUCAUGACGGUCAUUGAAUAUUCUUUCAUCAAAGAAGAAUGUCCCUCCCAGGGAUAUUGCGACUCCCAACCGAGAUUCUGGUCUCUAUUUUUGAGUUCCAAGACUUGCAGGCUAAGUGGAAGGAUGGCGGCUCGAUUCCAAACAUUCGCCUUACAUGUCGACGCUUCUGUGCCUUGAGCUCACAUCUCCUAAUCCGCAGUGUCUACGUGGAUAUCACAAAAACAGAGACGGUAGAUCGCUUACAGAGCAUAGCUGCUGACGCGGGUCUUUCUAAAGGGGUACGAGAAGUCUAUUUGCGCGUUCAUUUCUAUCAUCCCUGGGUGGCAGCCAGCUUUGAGAAUUUUGCUGCUAUUUGGGAAUUUGGGCGGAUCGCAUGGGGUUUCAUCCGCCGCCUCGACCAGACAGUAGCAGAUGAUGCUAGUCAUCAUGGAUUAGAAGAACAAUCGGCAGACAGCGAUGUUGAUGCGCUGAGUCCGGAUCGAAUUCGUCCCAAUCUAGUCUUGCAGCGGGCUUAUAAGUUAUAUAAGGCUGGAUACGAGUCCCAGGAUCGUAUAAUGCGGAAUGGAGGUUUUAAAUCGGUUCUCUCCAAGACUUUAUCGGAGUUCAAAGAUCUCAGGACUGUCACUAUUUACGAUCGUGAACUUGGGAACAAUUACGGUCCAGAAAGACUUAUUCGUGUACCCCAAGAAGACCAUGCGGGCCAAGAAACUGCUCUUGUAUCUGUAUUUACACGUCCAGUGGUGUGGGAGGAUGCCCAAUGGAUACAACCAACCGAAGAGAUAUGGCAAGGCGUGCCAGUCGAGUUACUGGUUGAAAUACCGAUAGCUAUUGGUAAGGCAAAAGGUAUCGUGGUCGACCAUCUGGCCAUUGAAGUCACGGCUGCACCAGACUACACUCGAUUGCCAACAAAUGCAGAAACCCUCAGCUCGUUGUCAGCUGCCAUGGAAUCUAUGGAUAUAUUUCAAUUAGGUUUCCAGCCAUGCUGUAAUGGUGCAUGGGGCCCUUGGACUGUGGACGUCGAUGAUGAUGCUGUAGAAGGAAGGAGAGCGGAAUCGCAUGCAAAGUUCGCGGCAGAGCUACAAGCUCUCGAUAAGUAUCUUGGUGCCAUGCUAGAUUGCAAAAGCAUUGAAUACGCAAACAUCAGUCUAGGAGAGUUUUGGAUCGGUGCUGGUGUCGAUUCGAUUCGUCAUGCACCGACUUCUCUCGGAACUAGCUGGUUUCACAAACCAGCAAGAAUCAGAUGCCUUCGCUUAUUUCAAGUGCCUCUCACUACGCGAGAUCUGGAGAGAUUCGUUACUAAUGCAAUGGUUGAUGAUGAAUAUGAAGCCGAAAUCCAUCUUCAUGAAGUCUAUCUUUGCAAUGGUACUUGGAAGCAGUUCCUAGACACGCUGCGUACAGCAAGAAGAGAUAAUAUAAAGAUCGGUUUCUCGUCUCUACUUGGUGGUGGGUUGGAUGAAAUGGAUCAGGAAGUCUAUUCAUUAGUUUGGGGUCGGUUCGAUGGUGAUGAAUCUAUGGUCCAGCAGUAUAUUAGAGGAAGAAUUGAGCGGAACCCUUUAGAUUAGAUAUAUUGAUCUUAUUCAUCACGCGAGCAGAUCUACCCAGAUAUGUACAUGUAAUUUUAUACCUAUCUCAUGAUGUCCACA